GUCACAUCACCUGAGAAUAUAACCAGUUUAAGAGGCUUUACAGCAAAAGGAUGGACAGAGAGACAGAGAAAUAUAAAAAGAAAGAGACAGAAUGUGAAAGGGACGUUUAGGCAUGUUUAUAUGCUAAGCGAUUUUUUAUGUUUUGUAUUCACUGUUUGUUAGCUCUGGUUGUCCUGCCACUAAGGCACCAAUGAGACAUAUAGAGAGAGAAUGAUUCAGGAAGAGAGUACAGAGUUUAAGGGAUAUUUGUGAAUUGCUUUGUCUCUGUUAAAAUGUGUUUGUAAAUUUUGGAAGCAGAUUUAUAACCUGCAAGGCUUGGAGUUUACAGAUGGUCAUUUAGUCUGUGCAUUAGCAUUGCCAUCAGAGUGCCUGCUGCUUCUGUGGAGACUGAGCAUGCUAGUCGGGUUUAUUUUCCUAUUUGAAACUGUGGGGGACAAUGACCUUCACUGAUGGUGCCCAUGUUCCCUACCAUAUUACAACCAUCAUUUAUCCCCCUCCCCCCAAUAUCUACACAUGGCUGGAACCUGUCUGAAGCAAGCAAGAUCCAGUCAGGCUUCUUCCUUAGAAGGAACGCAUGAAGGCGAUGCUGCCAUAUUUAUAGCCACCAAACUGGAGGAGGAGGACAGCGCAGAGUAAAGAAGUGUCUUUCAGAGACCUGAGGUGGAGCUACACAACAGGGUGGUGAUGUCAUCACAGCAGAAGGAGGAGAUCCCUGGUGUGGCAGAGGCAGUAGGCAUGGCUUGUGACAGUGAAGCUGGGAGCCGAGAGGGAGGAGGGGCUUCUGUGGCCAUGGAGGGAGAAACAAGAGAAAUGGGAAGAUCACAGGAAGAGACAGAAAGUGAGUGGAAGGCACAGAAGGAUGGAGGGAAAGACGCAGGGGAACUCACUGACAAAUGUGGAGGAGGGAAAGGGGUGGAAAUGGGGAAAAAAGAGGAUGGAAAGAAAGAGGCAAAGGGGGAAAAGAAAGGAGAGCGGGAGACCAAAGGGAAAGAGCAGGAGGGGGAAAAGAGAGAUGGGCAGCCUGGAGGGGAGGGAGUGAGGGGCGACUCCAGUGAGAAGGCAAGAGUUAGCAAGGGAACAGGACUGGCAAUAGAAAUCAAGAAAGGAGGAAAAGCAAAGGACAUACCUAAAGGGAUGGAGGCUGAGAAGCAUAGUAAGCCCAAAGAAAAGGCAGGGCCAAACCCCACACCCACUCCCCUUGGCCUGUCCCGUCCCAGGAGCUACGCUCGCCCUGUCCGGGGUGCUGCCAAACAGGACAUCAUCGCCAAGUUCCAGCAGAACUGCCCUGAAACACCAGUCAUACACAAUUUUAAGGUCCAGAGAACCUCUGCUGGCUGCUCCAAUGGGGCUUCCAUCAAACAGAAAAUCCUCCAGUGGUGUCAAAAUAAGACCCGAAACUAUGAGGGCGUGUGUAUUGAGAACUUCUCCUCCUCCUGGUGUGAUGGCAUAGCUUUCUGUGCGCUUGUUCACCGGUUCUUCCCAGACGCGUUCGAUUUCUCCAAACUGCGGGCAGAAGAGAGGGCAAAGAACUUUGCCUUGGCGUUCAGCACGGCAGAAUCCUUGGCUGACUGCUGCCCCCUACUGGAGGUUGAAGAUAUGCUGUUAAUGGGAAAUGCUCCAGACCCACUGUGUGUGUUCACCUAUGUGCAGGCCUUGUGCCAGCACUUGUCCAAAAUAGAGAAAGAGAGAAAGGACAGAGAGAAGGAAGAAAAGAGAGAGGGAGAGAGCAUGUCAGAGACAAAAGAGGAAAGGCAGGGGGAGCGAAGUACGGGUGGAAUAGAGGAAGGCAAAGGCGAGGGAGAGAAAAAGGGAGAGAGAGGUCAAGAGGGAAAAAAGAGCACAGCUAAGAGGGACAGUGAAAAGAGAGGAGAAGAGGAAGAGGAAGGAGCAAGGGAGCACGAAGAAGAAGCUACAGCUGCCAAGUGAGAGAGUAAACACUCACAGGUGGCUGAAAAUACAGUUAGCACAAAAAGAAAAUUACUGGAUUAAAUAUUUAUAAGAUACUAUCCAGUCAGUCUUACAUGCUUUACAACUGUAUAUGGGGUCAGGCAUAAGGACAGAAUUUAUUUUGAAUAUUGCACCACUUUAUUGAAUAAGAGUAUUAUUUGGUCUUUUUGGAUUACCCUUCAGUAAAUGUGGACAGUGUGAACCCAUAGACUACUUAAAUGACUUCAUCAGAAAAUAAAAUUAUAGUGUUUGCAGUGAAAUACAGGGGAUUUGGAUCUUUAUCAAUUUGUGUAAUCAAUUUGUUUUUGUUAUUGUUCAUUUUUCCUAUUUAUGUGCUUUGUAUGACUCCACGUGCAUUGUUUUGUUUGUUAAAAUGUGUUUUUAACUUGUUUUUUUUUCACUUUGUGAUAAAAUAAAUGCAGCAUCUUCA